AUUACACAAACAGGUUUUUAAUCAUAUUGGAUUGUACAUUUAUUUCUAUUUAUUAUAUUCACAGUUUACUUAUAAAGUUUAAAAGAAGGAAGAUGAUAUAAAGGCAAAGAAAAAAUAUUUUAUUUAAUUCCUAUACAUAUUCAUACAUUGACUUUAUGACGAUCCUUUCCAUUUACGUUACAUUAAAUUCAAAUUUUUUGAUAAAGUUUACUCCAUUAUCGAUGGUUUUAAAUGCCGACUUGCAAAAGAACAAACAUUUUUAUCAAUUUUUAAGUAAUUCGAUAACUGUGAUUGGUGAUUUUAAUAAAAUUUUUUUUGGUUAAAUUACACGUACAUAGAGUCACAAAUUGUUUACGCGUAUUUUGCAAAAAUAAGAACGACCGAGCACUUAAACGAUAGAUAUGCACAAGAAUAAGUUGGAUUUUUAUAACGGCAGCAAGUAUAAAUAUAACUCGUUAAUAAUACAAACAGUACAUGUGCACGAAAUGUGUUCACCAAACAAAAUAAUCAGUAGUUACAAUUCAUACCUGAAACACGUGUCCCUUUUAUCUUUGUCAGGUGUGAUUACACAUAAUCGAUUAAUGCUGAACAUUUUAUGAGUUAAAUGGUCAAGUGAGUGUACUUUGAUUUGAACAAAGAAUGCCUGUCAAUGUAACAAACACGUUCAAAGCACGAUUGAUACAUGUGUGCUGAUGCAUGCGAGUGAAUUAAAAAGUAUACACUUUGAGAUUACAGUUCACGUCAGUCUUUGGUUCUAUAUACAUCUAGUUAUUUGUUAAUUUAACUCGUGUUUUAUAUUUGCCAGUACGAAUUAAAUACGCGAGGGUCUAUUAAAAUAGAUUCAGUAAAGACUUUUAGUGCUACAAAGAUCAAGUGUUUUUAAAUCAAUAGUGGUGUAUUUCAUCCAGCUGUGAUAUAUUUACUCAGAUGACACGCAUUUGCGCGAAUUUUUAAAGGAAUUUAUAAUACGUAAAAUGCUGCUUUGCUGAUAAAGUUUAUAAAUAGUGCAUUGGAGAUUUGUAAUUAUAUGAAAAAACUAUAGUCGAUUAAUUUAUAUCAGUUUUAUAUCAUAAUUUUCAAUGGAUUGGUACAGGAAAUUAUUUAGUAAAAGAUCCAUUGUUCCUGUGGAUGACGACUUAGAAACUGUUGCCGAGAGAAAACAACGAUGGAGGAGUAUCUAUGCAAUUUACUUUACUAUGUUUUUGAUGUCUCUUGGAUUUAGUAUUAUACUCACAGGAGUAUGGCCAUAUCUUGACAAAUUGGAUAGCAAAGCAGGCAAAGAAUUUAUGGGAUAUGUAGUUGCAGCUAAUCCCUUGGCACAAAUGUUAUUUUCUCCUUUAGUAGGAUGGUGGGGAGAUAAGAGAGGAUCAAUAAGAUUACCUUUGUUAACAACAUUAGCCCUUUUUACAUUUGCAUCAGGAUUAUAUAGUAUUCUUGAAAUUUUACCAGGCGAUCAAAAAAUUUUCAUGAUUGCUGCCAGAUUCUUGGUUGGAGUUAGUUCUGCAAAUAUUGCAGUUGCACGGUCAUACCUUUCUGCAGCUACUAAAGUUGAAGAAAGAACACAUGCAGUUUCUAUGGUAUCUCUUGCUCAGGUACUGGGGUUUGUUGUAGGUCCCGGAUUACAAGCAGCAGUUACACCUCUUGGAGAGAAUGGUUUUUAUUUUCUGAAUUUACCUGUUAAUAUGUAUAGUAUGACUGGUUGGAUAAAUGUUAUAAUGGGAGUUCUUAAUUUUGUUUUGUUUCUUCCAUGGAAUUUCAAGGAACAUAGGAUUGCUUUACGUGAAGCUAUGCAAAAUGAAGGAAAAGCAACAGAAGAAGAAACGUUGAAGUCUGUAAAACCCGAUUAUGUAGCAUCUUUGACAUUAAUUUGUGCUUUUUUUGUCUUGGUAUUUAAUUUCGUUCUCCUUGAAACGCUUGGUACUUCUUUAACUAUGGAUCAGUUUGCUUGGUCAAAGAAAGAAUCUUUAUAUUAUAUGGGUUUAUUGAUGAGUAUUGGUGCUAUUGUUUCUUGUAUUACAUUCGUUAUGAUCGAGCCUUUAUGUAAAAGGUUCAACGAACGUAAGGUGAUGCUGUGGGGUGGUUUCUUUUUUAUGAUUAUUGGAAGAAUACUGUGCAUCCCAUGGGGCCCUGAUCCUCCACAAAUUGCCUAUGUGAAAUUGUUUAGUAAUGGUACAAAAGAUACUAAUGCUACAGAAAUAUUAGGAUGUCCCAGUACUCAAGAGUGGUGUUUAUAUACUCCCCAACUCACAGUCACACAAUUUUUUAUUGGAUAUGGUUUUACCACCAUAGGCUAUCCGUUAGGUGUUACUUUAAUACAAACUAUCUUUAGCAAGGUGUUAGGACCGCGGCCACAAGGUGUGUGGAUGGGUUUCAUGACAGGUGCUGGAUGUGCAUCUCGUGGCUUAGGUCCAGUAUUUGUUAGUGUAAUAUAUUCACGUUUUGGAACAUACUAUGCUUUUGGUAUUACUGGCGCAAUGUUAGUAGUGUGUAUGUUGUGGCUACAAAUUGUGAACAAGCGUCUAGUCCCUCCUAAAGCAAUUGUUUCAAAAGAUGAAGAAAAACAUGAUGUUGAAAUUCCUUUGGUUCAUUUUAAAUCUAAUAAUGCUCAAGAGUCAAAUGACGCACAAAAAAAUAAUGAAAUCGUAGAAUGUGACGAUGUUCAGCAAUAAUCGCUUUGAAAUACAAUUUUAUAUUAUAUUAUUUUAAAUGUAUCAACAUAUACGACUGUUAUUAGGAACUGGUUACACAUGCAAUUAUGAUAUUACAUCAAAUGCAAGUAUAUUUUUUGUGAAUAUUUACAGAUUUCUUACACAGAUUUUACAUGUAUAAACAUAUAAACAGACUGUAAAGAAAUAUACGUACAAAUAAUGAAAGAAUACAAUUAGGAUGAUGUAGCUUUUAAGUAAAGGUAGAUAAAUUUCUAUAGAUACAAAUUCGUGCAGUUUUACUGUUAAUCUAUUUUUGUAUUGAAAUCUUAAAGAAGAAUCGACAUCAGAAAAUUUAUUGUUUAAAAAGAAAAAAAUUAGAUUCGUAUUAUGAAUUCAGGAUAUAGUGUUAAAGUAUAUAACAAAUGACUUAAGACAAACAAUAAUAUGGUAGUACAAACAAUUUUGAACUAUUCAUUUACAAUGAAUUAAAUCAUUCAAAAUGUUGUCACAUCCUUUGAAUUUAUAAAAAUACUAAUGUUAAUAAUAAAGACUGAUAUUUAGAUAAAUAUAUUAACAUUAAAUAUUAAAAUAAAAGGUUAAUCAAAUUAGUAAUUUCAAAUGUUUUCUACCAAACAAUUGAACUUUUUUAAUGUACUUACCACGAUCAAAGAUCUUAUACAACUUUUACUUUACAAAGUAUUGUUAAUGAAAUAUCCUUUUUCAAAUAUAUAUGUAUAUAUCUUUUAAAGAAGUUACAUCAUGAAAUAUUAUGUAUGAUGAGGGUUGGGAAUAAAAUAAAGAAAAACGUGGAGAUGUAAAAAAAAUAGAAUUUUAGAUGACUACUCUGCUUUUAUAAGAAUAAAUCUAUAAAAGUAUUUAUUUUAAACAUUAAAUAUAUUUUAGUAAUUACUUUAAAUAAUAAAUGUUAGUUUUUGAAGUUCAUUCAAAGAGGAUUUAUAAAACAUACACAGUUUUA